AAAUAAUGAGCAAAAAAUUUAAAAAAUAAGGUAAACCUGUAGAAUAGUAUUUUCUACAAAAAUCUAAUAAUUUAGAAAAUUUGAGUCACGGUAAUGUUUUGUAAACAAAAAAGAAAAUAAAAAAACCAACCAAUAAUGAAAUGAAGAAAUUCGAACUUCUCUAAGAAAUAAAGAAGUCUAAAAGCAAUUUUUCUAUGUUUCUUUAAUUUAGAUAUAUCAAGAAAUAAGAAUUUGAACCUAAAUGGAUGUUACUUUCAUUUGUUGACAAAAACCUAUAACCCUGCACAGUUUUUGUUGGUCAAAAUGUAGAUUAUUUAGAUAAUUUCUAACAAUAUUCUUGGUAUUAACUUACUGGUUUGUAAGUUGCAUAGAAUGAGUAUUAAAAUAAUAAAUUCAUCAAAUUGAACUUAAAGUCUGGAACAAUAAGGUUGGUUGAUUAAUAACAACUACAAGAUGAAGUUGAAAUAAGCAUCUAUCUUAAUCAAUUUAAUGAAUUAAAUCCCAAAAAACCUAAAAAUUAAUAUUAUAACUUCUUGGUUGCUAUAUUAAAGAUUCAUUAAAAAGAAAAAGUUUUUAGUGAAAGAUGUUAAAAAUUUUAUGAUCUUAUCAAAAUUGAUACUAUUGAUUAGGCAGAUUAGAUGAUGUAGGUUUCUCUUUGGAAUGAAUUCUAACAAUUAGAGCUUACUCCGAAUGAAUUAGUUCUUUUUUAAAAUGUCUAAUAUAAGGAACUUGAUGGAUUUUAAUAUUUUUAAACUGUUGAAAAAAAAUCAAUUAUUACUCAAAAUCAGGAUAUUUUAAAUUAGCUUCCUAAGUAAUUAUUAAAAGUAAUUAGUUACGAUCAAAUGAGGGAGAAAAUCGAGAGAUCUUAAUUUAAACAACAACUGUUCGAUUUAAGAAAUUUAGAUAGAUUAUUCAAUAAAUGA